GUUGGAGAAGGGCUUCAAGGCCCACCACAAGACUCAUUUGGCCCAAGGUUGUACGACAGCACAUUUUCUCUACGGCCCGAGGCUUUGUGGAACGGCGAGGGAUGCGGUUCACUAAUACUAAUAGCGAGUUGCGCAUCUCUCCUACAUGAUGCUGGGAGAUUGAGCUUGUUGAUUAGGCAUGGAGCCUAAAGUCUGGGACGGGGAGAGGAAGGCAGGCCUCAUCAAGGCGAAAUUUGAUGAGCUGUAUUUGAAGCACUUCCAGAACCAGUCCGGUGUCCUCUCCUUCCCGCCCCAAGCUAGCCCUAUCCAUCUUCACCAUACUUCCCCCCCUGCUGCGCCCAAAAACCAACCAGCAAAGCCUUCCCCAAACCCCCAAACCUUUGCCCCGCCAGUCAACCCGGAUUUCCCAGAGGGAACUUCUCAGGCACGUUCAGAGGGCUUUUCCCAGCCUGCACUUGCGCCGGUGACCUUCACCGGGGGGCGUGGAGCUGGUUCCAGGGGUUGGCCGCUAGAGAAAGACCAGGGGAAAGCGCUGCGGUGCCCCCCACGAAACAAUUCUGAUGAGGACCUGCGGAGUCUCGACAAUGCGGGGAGAAGCAGGCCGUCUGAACAGAGGGCCUUGUCUGGUCUUUCGGGCGGGGGGCAAGAGAAGGGCUGUGUGAGGGGUUUGACAAAGGAUGUCGAUGGUACUUGGCAGACGGACUGCAAGGAAGAGGGGCCUUCCGAAGAGAAAGUUGACACGAGGUGGGGCGGGAAAGCAUGUUUGGAUUGGCUUGGUUCGCAAAGUCAAGAGGAUUUGCCUCAGCCCGACUCUGAACAGCCGGUCAGGGUCGUCAGUGCACUUCCGGAGGGUGCUCUUCCCAGGCUAAGUUGGGCGCAACUCCCGGACGGGGCCACCGUAAUCGUGGUCAGCCCUAACCUAGUCACUAGCUUUGAGGGGUGUCCGGCGAAGCAGAAUGUAGUGAGCCCUAACCUGGUUGCUAGCCCGAAUCUCGACUCUGGGGACUGGAACGGGAGUCAGGCUCUGCUGCCAGUCUCACCAGAACGGCUCACAAUAGGCGAUGGGGGCAGGCGCCACAUGGCAGAUGGGCGGAGUUCGGAGGGGGCGCACUCUGGCUUAUCUGGGGAACUAGGUACAGGGCCGAAAAGGGAGUUCGAAGCAGGGGAGGUGAUCCAAGGGGGCUCAAAACGGCUGCGGAAGGGCAGGGGGGAGGCACCAAUUUGCGGUGCAGAAACUGGGUGCGCUGAUGAGGGGCCUGCUGCUGCCAAGUCGGAGGGAGAUCUGUAUGCAGGGACUCAGAAACAAGAUUGGAAGAAAGCGCAAGGAACGAAAGGCGGCCUUAAUGGGAAGCAUGCAGGGGGUGAGAACAAAGCCAAGGGCCGGGGCGGGCAAACGGCCGGGGAUCGCAAGCCGCAGGAGAUGCGACUUCAAGAGUCUCGGAAGAAGCAAGGGGUAGGUCGGGAGAAAUGUAAAUGCAAGGGUGGGGUCGAGACCAAAGCGAAGAAUUCCCGGACUGCGAGGGAGCUGAUGAGGCUUGCGGAUAUGGAGUCCAAACCAGGGACAAAAGGGGAAGGAAUUUUCGGGGUCAAGAGGCGGCGGGUUUGCAGUCUGGCCGCGCUGACUCAAAGCAGCGGCGAUGCCGCUGUUGUUGAUGUGGGGGCCCAUCCUUCCAAGAAGCUCAAACUUCUUUCCGGCGGUAGCUCACUCCGAAGCCUCGGUGUCACGCCGCCGCUGCUUCCGAUGCAAAAGGCGCUCCGUGCUGGCAAAGCCCCAGCCGCAGUGCAGCGUCCCGGUUCCAACUCACUUGCAGCCAAAUGCGGGCUCCCUCGUCCGCAGCAGCAGGAUAUCCAUCACAAGCAGUGCGAACCAUCAGCUGAACCUACUGCACGAUUGGUGGUCAAAUCGGGUGCCGCCCCUAGCAACCCGAAGAGUUUCGCAGGAAACGGGGUCUGCGAACCUAGUGUGUCGAACCUCAUGCGGCAGCACGAGGCGGGUCUAGCCGGGAAGCGGCGAAGCGAAGCGUUGGAAGCGCUGGCGGCAGCCGCCCGAGAGCCCAUGUGCAGCAUCUGCUACACGGAGUACGAUGCGCGGCGGUGCUACCUGGCCUGCGACGUCUGUGACCGAUGGUACCACGCGGAGUCGUUCGGGGUCUCUCCAGAAGCCGCCGUGGCCCUCAUGAAGUUCAAGUGUCCGACGUGCAUGCGGCGGGGCCGACCGUCCGGCUGUCCGAUACCGGAUCCAUCCGCCGCGCUCGCGGCACCGCUCAAAAUCCGCCCCAAACUUCACCAAAAGGCGCGCAUAGCAUAUGCCGCGAGCAGAGGUGUGGUUCCGGGGGCCCAGAGAGCAGGCUUGGGGGAAGUCUCCGAGGAGGCGCAGGUCGAGAAGCGGGACCAGCGUUUGGUGUCCAAGGACAUCGUCAAAAGCGAUGGGACUGGCACGCGAAACCGGUUCAUAGCGUCGGCAGUAGUGACGGAGAGCGGACAGAGUACAAAGCAGUGUAAGAUUGGGGCGCCCAGCGACAGUGGAAGGGGCGCAAAAGCGAAGAUUCUGGAGAGUUGCGAAACGGCGGUAGAGGUUAUCGGGGCUCCCCCUGCAAAGAAGCGCCCGCCGCUGCGUCUGGUCGGGGGGACUCACCCAGCAAAUCUUAGAAAUGGAGUUCUAACGAGCAAUCGGGAGCUGGCUCCCGGGGGACUCGCGGGAUGUCCGCUGGAGGAGAGGUCGAGCGGGCGGCCUUUGACAACGGCGACCAGAGCUGAAAACAGCGCCUCCGAGGCGCAAGGGGCCAGCGAGUGCGCUGCGCUGUUAGCGCAGCCGUUGACUGACUCAGCGUGUUUGCCGCACUCUGCGCAAGCGACGGCGGUCGGGAGAGCCAGAGGCAGUCCACCGUCGAAGAAGAAAGCUUCCGCUUCUGAAGUGAUCAAUAGGGUUCCGGUGGCCGGAACGCCGAACGGCGCCGAAGCGCUGGGAAGCUCUUGCAGCGCGGAGCAGGAGACGGGCCGGUAUAGAGGGGAGUCGACGGCCGGCGGAAAAGCACGGAUACGGGAGGGAGGGGAAACGGAAAACGGAACGCGGAAACGGAUCCAGCCUACGAAGCUUGGGCCCGUUUCUCAGCCUUCGGCGAUCGGUGUACCCAAGGCGACUGAGGCGCGGCGUUCAGAAGCACCGGUGCUUUCAGAAGGCCCUGCUGUGCCUCGAUCGGCUGAGCGCAGCCGAGACAUACCUCCUGCCCAAUCCGCACCUCCCCAUGUACAGGGCCCCCAAGGAAACCUUCGAGAGAGUCAUGCUGCUACUGGGUUUCCCGGAGGCCCUGUUUUGCCGAGCGUGGGUCGGUACAGCUGGGAAGCUCAAUACUACCGGGCUGCAGACGAGGCCUCCCGAGGGGGGCCGGUUCUGCCGGACCGUAUUCACACUGGGGCGCCUCGGGGGCAGAGCGCUCGGUGGUCGAUUGACUUGAGCAAGGUCCAGGAGGUGGACGGGAGGAAGGUGAGAAUGGGGACGGAGGAGGUUGACGGAGUGCAGCAGCUGAGCUGAGGCGAGGGUGUUCACACCUAGGGGGGAAGAAGCGGAAUUCGGGGGUAAUGGUGUGAACAGGGAUGUUUGGACUGGCGGAGGAUUGAGCUGCGGGGAUGAAACGGGGUAUUCACAUUGGUGAGGAAGAGGCAGAAUCGGAAAGUGCUGGGGGAUCGGCGGUUGCGGGACGAGGUCGAGCGGACGGGGUGUUCCAGACUGGGCGGCGGGAAAAGGUCGGAGAUAAGGUGGCCCGUCGAGGAUACAACUGAAGGCCAGUAUGCAGAAGAAAGUGCAGCAAACUGAGUUGGCCGUCACAUACUUUCUAUUGUGAAAAGCUGGUCGUAUUGCAACGUCGAUCAGCUGUUGCUAUGACGAUAAAGUGGUGGCCGCCUUGCAAUGUUCUCUUUGUGUCGUUCGUCCCAUGAUGGCCACGUUGGUG